AUGAAUGAUGAACCUCCUUCCUCCGAUGACACGGGUGAGAAGGCCACCCACGAGCCCCCCAUUAUUUCUUUUGAUAACAGCGGUGACGGCCCGCUUCGGGUGCCCGGGUUUGGUGCCGUCCCUCUGGAUUACGAGCUUCCAUCCGACGCGCGCUUUGCCCAUGGAAUCGAAGAGUGGCGCCAGGCGCCAGCCGUCACAGCACGUGAGCUGACCAUGACUGCGGUAAUGAAUCGUCUGACCGACCGUCCAAACUGGCAUGUCGAUGUCUUUGAUGAUGUGGUCGUGGCGCGCUGGCGGCAAGACAGCACUGCCUCCAUCGCUAUGAAUCCCCUCUUGAGUGACCGGGCCUGGGAGUGGUGCGUGCAGGAACUACGCGACAAAGCCACCGAGUUUCAGCAAAAGGGGCAUAUCCGGGUGUUGGACACUGGAUCCUGUGUCUGCAAGUCUGAUCAUGUUCCCGCACUUCAAACGGGGGAGCUAGCCGGCGAGUUCCGACGCGCGGUAAAACCGGUGCUUCGAUCCCUCAUGGAAUCUGGGCUGUUGGAUUGGCGGUCAAGGAAUAGAUUAAGUAUCGUCGACCCGACCAUGUUUCCGCUGGUUUAUGGGCAUAGCUUGGUCUUGACUGAUGGUGGUCGGGUGGAGGUAGAGAAUGUGCUUGGCGCGUAUCAAGGUGCGACCAGCCUUGCGCCUGCUCAUGUCGACAAGAGGACAGAUUCGGCGAACAUUCAGAGGCAAAUUGAUGAACGGCCAAAGCCGCUAUGGUGGCUGUCAGUCGAUGAUGAAACAGCGCCUCAUUAUCGAUGGAGCGCGAAUUAUCAGGCUCUGCCAUCUGAAGUGGAAUUUGUAGGGGAUGCAGGAUCGACCCAGGUGCGCCUCACCUCAUAUGUCAAUAAUCUGCACCCUGUGCACCAGGGCCUGUACCGUGCAAUUGAAACAUUGGUAGGCCGGACCAUACCGUUAUGGAACGACUGCUUGGUCCUGGGACAGCGGGGCUGGAGCGAUAUCUUGAACCAGGGCCAGCUGGGGCCGGUGCCGCUACGGAUAAUAACCUAUGGAAUAGAAUGGGAGAAUGUGAUUCCUGAAUGCCUCCUUGCCUUCCGAGUCCCAGAAUUUAUGAGGAGGCAGGAGAGACGUGAAGCUCGAGAAAUGAUCUUGAAUAGGACGGGAUACAACACAGACAGUCGCCGUGAAAGGUCUGAAUACGAACGAAAAUGGUUGGAAUAUUAUUCGGACAUGCUAGGUAACGGGGACAAGGAGUUGCCGUCCGAAGAGUCCAACCUCUGGCAACUCGCAAAGGAGUAUCUCGAAUUUCCUGAGGAUGGAUCAGCGACCCCUGUUCCUGCUCCGGAUGAUUGGCGGGAGAAAACUUGGUAUGCAAUCGAACGCAAGGCCAAGAAAGUGAUGCGGUUUCGUCACCCGGAGCCAGGGACGGCUUUCUCUUAUGAAGAGUGGAAGACGGGGCAUCACCACGAGAGAGCUGUGGUUGACAUGAUCCGCAAGCGGAACGACUGGCAUGAUAUGCCCUACAAGCCUGUCACGCCUCCCCACAAACCAUAUACUAUUCGGCUCCAGGAGACUUUCCAUUCGCAAGGACUUCAAGUAAUUGUGAACAUGGAGAACAUUGAGCUUACCCCUGACAACCGGGACUACAAAGGAACAGACUGGCAUAUGGAAGGCCAACUUAACGAGCACCUCGUAGCUGUCGCCAUCUUUGCAUACGAUAUCGAGAAUGUUACAGAACCCCAGAUCGCCUUUCGUCAGAACACUAAGAUGGAUCAAUGCUUCUACCAAUAUAGGCAUGAAGAGAAAACGAAGUGGUGGGAUUUCGAAUGGCCGAUGCACAGAUAUGGAAAGAUUAGCCGCUCCGAUUUAUAUGAACUGGCGCAAAUCCUGGGCUAUUUGGAUUGGGACCUCGAUACUGAUAACCACACGGUGAGAACAUGGCAGGAUAAAGGUGUAGUGUCGGUCUCGCAAGGGCGUUUGAUCGCAUUUCCCAACCUUCUAGAGCACCGUGUCGAGCCCUUCUCCCUGGCUGAUCGGACUCGCCCGGGGCAUUUUAGAUACAUCAAGCUGUAUCUGGUCGACCCUCACUAUCGCGUCUGCUCCACCCGAAAUGUGCCGCCCCAACAGCAUCACUGGUGGGCAGAAGCGGUAGGUGCGAAUGUGAGCGCCGCAGGACUGCCUCAAGAGAUAAUCGAUCAGAUCAUGCAAGAGACGGGCAGCUGGCCUAUGGGGUUACCGGAGGCUCGGCGGCACCGCCACGCCUUUUUGAAAGAGCAUCGCUGGAAUAAUCUGGUCAGGAUGAAGGAAAUGAAUUGGCCGUACUUCAAUUGUUGA